AUGUCCGUCCCAUCCUUCCUCGGUUCGCUCGCCAACUUUGCGCACUACGACGCGACACCGCACAUCGGCACCGUCUUCAGCGACGCGAGCGUGCAGCUCUCGCAGCUGCUCGCCGCACCCAACGCGGACGUGCUCAUCAAGGACCUGGCCACGCUCGUCUCGCAGCGCGGCGUCGUGUUCUUCAAGGCGCAGGAUAUCGACAUCGAGACGCAGAAACUGCUCGCGACGCGCCUCGGCGAGCUUACAGGCAAGCCCGCGGACUCGAAGCUCCAUCGCCAUCCUCUAACGGAGGACGGGUCCGAGCUCGGCGACGAUGUGCAGGUCAUUAGCAGUGCAGUGGUUUUCCCGAGGGAGAGGGCGCUUGCUAGCCGCGGGUGGCAUUCGGAUGUUACUUUUGAGCCAGUUCCUUCAGAUUAUGCUAUUCUUAAAAUCCAUACCCUUCCUCCUAGCGGCGGAGACACCCUCUGGGCCAGCGCAUACGAAGCAUACGACCGCCUCUCACCCGCAUACCAAAAAUUCCUCGAGGGCCUCACGGCCGUGCAUGACGCAGAGCAAUUCCAUGUUGCUGCGAAAUUGAGAGGAUUUGAGAUCCCUGCUGGCCCGCGCGGCUCACCAUUGAACGUCGGAUCCGAGCUGACUGCUGUACACCCCGUCAUCCGCACGAACCCCGUCACCGGAUUCAAAGGCCUCUUCGUAAACAAAAACUUCACCAAGCGCAUCGUCGAGCUCACAUCUGACGAGUCCGCGGACGUGCUCAACUACCUCGCGGUACACGUCGCGGAGAACCACGAUCUGCAGGUGCGCUACCGCUGGGAGAAAAACGAUGUUGCGAUCUGGGAUAAUCGGUCCACGUUCCACACCGCUACACCGGACUAUGAUGGCCUGCGUGUGGGCAACCGCGUCGUGAGUGUCGGCGAGAAACCCUUCUUCGAUCCCGCGUCAAAGUCGCGCAGGGAGGCGCUCGGAAUCAAGUCCAAAGGGCUUUGA